AUGGUGCUUGAAUCAAGACGUUUGAUAAAACGCUAUGAUAUAUCUUACGCAUUUUUCAAGGCAUGGUGCUUGUUAAUGGUGGCGAUGAAGUGUAGAGAUUGGUUACAUGAACUAGGAAAGGAAGAGAUAAAGAAGAAGGAUUCGAGUACGGAGGAAUGGAAGAUCGCGAUAGAGAGAAGCUUUAAUCGCAUGGACAAUGAGGUGAUUGCAUGGAAUGACAGCGUUCUGCACGCUGAUUGUCGGUGCGAGCUCCAAACGCCGGAGUGCAACACAGUUGGAUCAACGGCGGUUGUUGCAGUCGUGACUCCUGAUAAGAUCAUUGUCGCCAACUGCGGAGAUUCCAGAGCUGUAUUGUGCCACAACGAUGAGGCCAUCCUCUCUCAACCGAUCACAAGGUUAGCUCUCGUUGAUUGCCCAUGA